AUGCAUGAUAUUCAGGCCGCUGGUGGAGCGCCGCUCUUCCGCAAGGAAACAUGUGCCUCACCGUCCCUGGCCAAUGAGCAUUGGAAGACAUUUACCCUUGACUUCAGUGCCCUCGGUCUGAAUUCAAAUGAGAUCUCGCCUGCACUGCUCACACUCUGUGCGGCCGCGUCUCAUGGAGAUCUCCGAAACUACACUGGGUGUGGUGUCAUUGGGAUUGACGCAGACGCCCAGCUCGCUCCUACCCGGGAGACCGAUCGCUUGGCGGACUGUUUGAUACCUUUUGAACCCGACUUCGACCUUGAAUCAUCAAUCUCUCACAAUUUGCAUACCCUGGAGAGUGAUCUACAGGAGGAAUCCCAACGGCACCACCAUUAUCAGAAUGUUAUGAGCGGAGUCCCCAUCCGUCACAUUGUGAUAAUUGAGAGAAAAGGAUGUGAGGAGUCCCCAGAAUGGAUGCAGACACUGAAGACUGCUGGAAGGACUGAGGAGCUCGAUCCUACCUCCGUUCUUCACUGUACCCUGGAGGAAGGUCUGUUGUCAGCCCGAAUAUGCACCCAACAUUCGAGGAAAGAUGGGGAUCGCCCAACGCAACGCAUCGCCGACUGCUUCUUGACCCUCCUCGUCGAGUCACUCAAUCGUCCACAACUCCUGUUGUUGGAUAUAAUAGCGGACUUUCUACCUACCUCGCCUACAGCGUCCAUCCCCGAUGUUCCCCCAUUCUGGGAAAUACAUGUACACAAGGUGAUUCAAGAUCGAUGCUGGAGAUCCCCAGACUCCUUGGCAGUCGAUGCAUGGGAUGGCUCGAUCACAUAUCAAAAACUGGACGAAGUGACCGACAGGCUAGCACGCGCGCUGAGACAUUUGGGAAUAGGACCAGAGCGCUUUGUCCCCAUAUACAUGGAAAAAAGCAAAUGGACAACGAUCGCCAUUUUCGCCGUGAUGAAAGCAGGGGGUGCGUUUAGUCUUUUGAGUCCAGCCCAUCCUUUAUCACGAUUGCGGCAAAUCUGCGAUGAGCUCCGAAGUCCAUUCAUACUGUCAACCGAAGCGCAGGUAGCGCAAUGCCAUGAGCUGGGGGAUGUGCUUGUAAUAGAGCAACUGGUUGGAGUAUGUCGAUCAAACAGCGCACUCCAGGACCUGCCGCUUGCCGAGCCAGGCAAUGCGCUCUAUGUCGCUUUCACGUCCGGUUCCACCGGGAGACCAAAGGGAGUCGUGAUUGAACACCGAGCUUACACCUCAAGCGCCCGAGGCCAUACGCAGGCGUUUCAGAUAAAUGAAAGGUCUCGUCUCCUGCAGUUCGCCUCCUAUGCGUUUGAUGUUAGCAUACUAGAGACUCUAAGCACGCUGAUGGCUGGGGGAUGCCUCUGCAUACCGAGCGAGGCUCAACGAAAUGACGUGGUGUUGUUUGAAGAGGCUUUGAAGGCAUUUCGACUCACUCACGUGGGCCUGCCUCCCUCUUUCGCGCGAACUGUACCCUGGGCAAACUUUGAGCAGCGACCUACGUUGCUAUUGGGCGGCGAGCCGAUGCGCAAAUCAGACAGAACUAUUUAUAGCGCUCUCGGAAUGCGUCUGAUGAACGCAUACGGGCCUACUGAAUGCUCUGUCAAUGCAACAAUCCACCAUCGCGUCCGGCCUAGACAUUCAGUGCAGAAUAUCGGUAAACCUACUGGGGCGGUUGCCUGGAUUGUCGACCCGGACGACACGGAGAAGCCCAUGGGGUGGGAUGAGGUUGGCGAGCUUCUUCUCGAAGGCCCAAUUGUAGGCCGUGGAUACUCGAACAACGAUGAUGCUACUCGAAAGGCCUUCAUCGACCCGCCCGCAUGGCUUCGACGACUUCGAAAGGGGGAUUACCAACAUCGGAUGUACCGGACAGGCGACCUAGCGUCUCAAGAUCAGGCAGGAAUCAUUCAUAUCGUUGGUCGAAAUGAUGGACAAUUCAAGAUUCGAGGACAGCGCGUUGAAAUCGCCGAUGUUGAACAUCACGUCAAUGAAACUGUCGCCGCCAGUACUGAGGUUGUCGUGGAGAAGGUCAACACAUCCGAUGGCCACCAGACGCUUAUCGCGUUCAUCGUGAUUGAUCGGCUGGUGCCUUUCCAUGCGUCUGGAUCUCUCUUUCUAACACCAGACGCUUCUGAUUUAGAGAGUUUCAAAGCCAUACAGGACCAGCUGCACGCCCGACUUCCCACAUACAUGGUUCCAGGUCUCUGGAUACCGCUAGCCCGUCUACCCAAAGCAGCAUCUGGCAAGAUUGACAGACGUUUGUUGAGAGACACUGCAGGUUCAAUGUCCCAGAAAGAACUUUUCGUCUUUGCAUCCUCUGCAAUCGAGAAACAGGCGGGCAGAACCUCCAGCGAGCGGACACUACAGCAAGUUUAUGCAAGCAUCCUUCAAGCCGAGCCCUCGGUCAUUGGGAUGGAUGAUACACUCUUGCGCCUGGGUGGUGACUCUGUCCAGGCUAUUAAUCUGGUUGGGGCUGCAAGAAAGGCGGGCCUGAUGAUUCAGAUGCAGGAUGUCCUCGCUGAGGUGAGUAUCGCCGACCAGGCCGCCAAGGCCAUGAUGAUCGAAUCUUCGCCGGAUUUGGUCUAUGAGCCAUUCAGUCUGGUGAAGGCCUCAUCUCAUGCUGAUGUUCUGCAACUGGCCCGGGAACAGUGCAAUGUGGAACAAAGCCAGAUCGAAGACAUAUACCCAUGCACACCGCUGCAAGAGAGCAUGUUCUCAUCCUCAUUGCAAACCCCCGGAAUGUACACCGGGAAUAUUGUCUUUCGAAUUCCUCUCGGCGUGGAAAUCCCCAGAUUGAAGCAAGCUUGGAAACACACGGCUGAUAACAAUCCCAUCCUCCGCACGAGGUUUAUUCAAACACCGCACGGGGUGUUUCAGGCCGUUAUCGAUAGCUUUGCGUGGCACGAACAUGAUUGCUCAAGCCAGAAGGCUCCUCAGCUGACGCAGUUAGUCGGGCAACCCUUAGUUCAAUAUUUUUUCAAUGAGAACGAUCGCGAGCUCGUGUUGACGAGCCAUCACGGGGUCUCGGAUGACUGGACGCUACGUCUUGUUCAGCAACAGGUGGAAGCCGCGUAUCAGGGUCACUUACUGGAGAGACAUCACUUCUAUCCCUUCAUUCAGCAUACUAGGGAUAUCCAGGACGCAGACGAAUUUUGGGCCACCCAGCUGCGUGGGCUCGAUGCCACGGCCUUCCCUGAGCUUCCAGGAGCCAAAUAUCGACCUUCGGCCACACAGUCUCUCCGACAUGAAUUCGAGGGCCUUUCUGUACACAGAAAAACAUGUCACACCUUACCAACAUACAUUUACCUUGCGUGGGCGUUGCUUAUCGCUCACUAUACCGAUUCGUCCGAUGUGGUGUACGGCGCCACCCUGAGUGGACGCAAUGCCUCAGUCCCCGGCAUUGAGACUAUCGUUGGACCAACAAUCACGACCAUUCCAUUGCGUGUUCGAUUAAAGUCCGGAGCCUCUGUGGCUACCGCGCUGGAUCAAAUCCAAAACACUCUGGCUUCUAUGAUCCCGUACGAACAGGCCGGAUUGCCACGCAUCGCCAGAAGUUGCGAGGAAGGCAUGAGAGCCUGCCAGUUUCAAAGCCAGCUCAUUAUUCAAUCCUCGGAGGACAAAGACCAGGAACGCCUUUUUGAAACUCUCCGGGGAUCCGCACAUACCGAACUGGAUUAUACGGCGUUCUGUGAGUUCGCGAUGAUGGCGUCAGUCUUGCCCAGCACAGACCAAACUCGGAUGACAGUUGAUACUGCAUUCGAUCCUCAUGUUAUCUCCCCAGAUGCAAUGUACCGGAUCAUGAAUCAACUAAAGCACAUUUUGCUUCAGAUCAUGACGGAUCCUGCGCAGCAAAUAGAAGCGGUGGAUAUGGUAUCCCCAGAUGACUUUACUCAACUCCAACAUUGGAACGGCCAGAUACCUCCCGCAGAUCUGCGGUCCCUGGACGACCUCGUUCUGGCUCGGUGUCUUGAGCAACCGCAUGCCACAGCUGUGGACGCGUGGGAUGGGCCAUUAUCCUAUUCAGAACUCGCUUGGAUGUCCUCCUCCUUCGCCCACCGGCUGAGAUUGCUGAAUGUGCACCCUGGCUCUUCGGUAGGGAUCUGCCUGGAGCGAAGUAAAUGGAGUAUUGUCGCUAUUCUGGCCGUUCUGCGCGCCGGGGGCACAUGCAUUCUCCUGGACUUGGAUCAUCCGCGUCAGAGGAUCAAUGAUAUUCUCAAAGAAGCUUCCGUCCAGAUCAUGGUCAGCAGCCAAACAACGAGCGCGUUGACAAGCGGCCUAGCGCAGGUUGAAGUUUGUCUUGAUGGAUCUGUCACAGACAUUCUUCCCCAGACACCAUGUCUCCCUGACUCGCCAGUCUCUCCUGAUUUGCCCGCGUUCAUUUUGUUCACUUCAGGCAGUACCGGUCGCCCCAAGGGUAUUGUCAUGCCGCACAGCACCCUUACCUCCAGUAUCAAGUACCAUACUUUACCGAUGAAUGUCACAGCUGACUCGCGGGUGCUUCACUUUGCCUCGUACGCGUUCGAUAUCAGUAUAUACGAGAUCUUCACGACUCUUGGGGCAGGUGGGACCCUCUGUAUUCCGUCGGAAUUCGGUCGCAAGAAUGCGCUUGCAGAAGCUAUCUGCAGAUUCCAGGUCAACUGGACGUUCUUUACACCGUCAACUGCGCGAGCUCUCCAGCCCUCAGAAACCCCAUGCGUGUCGACCCUGGUGCUGGGAGGGGAAGCCGUUACCCACGAUAGUGUCGAAACAUGGGGCCCGGGGCGCAGGCUGGUCAAUGCAUACGGUCCCGCGGAAGCCACAAUUUGCGGUGUUGGGGCCAUUCCGCUGAGCGGGUGGAAACAGGGGUCGAUUGGGGCAAUCGUCGGAGGCGUUGGCUGGGUAACGAUGCCGAAUGACACGUCACGAUUGGCUGCCAUCGGCGCCAUCGGAGAACUACUUCUUGAGGGACCUUUUUUGGCCUCCGGAUACCUUAAUCUCCCAGAUGUCACUGCUGCUUCAUUCAUUCAGCCACCAGAAUGGAGGCAAAGAAUGCCCCUGGGUCCAUGUUCGAGACUUUACCAGACGGGGGAUCUUGUUACGUACCAGGAUGAUGGAACCAUCCGAUACAUGGGCCGUCGGAGUACGCGCAUGAAGCUGAACGGGCAACUGGUCGACCUUGGGGAGGUAGAGACUAAAACACUUCGUGAAUUCCCUGCGGCCGGUGCAGUAGCCGCCGAGAUACUCUCUCUCGGAUCCAACGGUAGUAUUGCGACACUGGUCGCGUAUAUCAAGACUCAACCUCAUGAACCCGAAGAGCCGGACGCCAAUGUCAUUCUUCCAGUCACCCAGGAGUUCCGUCGCAGUACGACCGAGGCGCAGAAGCGCCUCCAAGGACUCCUUCCAUCGUACAUGGUCCCGUCCAUUUUCAUCCCAGUACAAGAAAUGCCGCAGACUGUGACGGGAAAGCUUGACCGUCGCAUGCUACGAUCGGCAGUUCAGUCGCUAUCCUCUGAGGCGCUUCAGAUCUAUCGCGCAGAACCGCUAGCCAAAAUUGAAGUCUCCAGCGAGUCUGAACGACUGUUGCAAGUCAUAUGGGCUGACCUCCUGGGCACGACCAAGUGGUUCAUCGGAGCAGAAGAUAGAUUCCUAGCCAUUGGUGGUGAUUCGAUCAUCGCCAUGCGAAUGGUAGCGACGGCUCGACGAGCUGGGUUCGAGUUCACCGUGGCGGAUGUUCUGGAUCCAAACAGCUCGUUGUCAUCGCUUGCGCUGUCUUUGCGGGAGUCAAAGACAAGUCUAGAAACAAGUCCUUUGUCUGCUUUAGCUCAGCCAUCUAUUCUCGGAUCAGGGGACUUUCGGCAACACCUCAGCUCUCUGCAGCGAGUCCUACCUCUUUCUGGAAGAGUCACUGGAGCGCGCCCAGCCACGGAAGCCCAAUCGAAACUGGUUUCGCGGUAUCCGUGGUUUAGUUUCCAAUUUCCCUUCCAAGGAGGACUCGAUGAGCAUCGACUGCGACAUACUUGCCGGGCCCUUGUCCGUGCUCACAGUGCGCUGCGGGUGGCCUUUACUGAAUAUCGCGACAAGCUUUUCCAGUUAACGCUCGCAGAAGACGUUGAUAUUCCGUUGCAAACAGUUACGACUGAUGAUCCAUUAGAUUCCUUUUGUGAAGAAUUCUGCCAUUCCGAGCAGGCUGUCCCUGUAGAUCUCGCUGGACUUGCAACUCGGUUUACCCUGGUGUCCGACCCCACGCAUACAAACCAGCAACUGAUUAUUCGUCUGGCCCACGCCCAGUAUGAUGCCAAUUCGAUCGCAAUCUUGGUCCGCGAUCUCGAAUCAGCAUAUAGUGAUGACAAGUCAGUCCCUCAUACCUCCUUCGACUGGUACCUUGAGCAAAGAUCAUGGCAUUCAGAUCAAGAGCAGCAGGAAAAAUUCUGGCAGGAAUAUCUCGAGGGCUCUACUCCUUCCUCUUCUCCUCUCGAUAUAACUUCAUCCACACAAUUGGUUACAGCAUCCUGCGAUCUCGCUUUACCAUCCGGCCUCCCAUCAGCGAUCACCCUCCCCACCGUCGUGAAAGCCGCCGCCUCGUUGGUCAUCGCUCGAAACCUCCGCCAACCAGACAUCGUUGUCGGCCAGACCGUUGAUGGGCGCAGUUUACCAUUCCCCGACAUCGAUAAAAUUGUAGGCGCUUGCAUCAACUACAUUCCGUUCCGCGUACAGCCUCGUGCAUCCAUGACGGCCCACGACUAUCUGCUCCAUGCCCAGGCCCAGCACGCCCGGAGUCUCAGCUCCGAAUCUGUGGAUCUGGGUAGAAUUAUAUCGCGCUGCACAAAUUGGCCAUCGUCGACGGAGUUCGGUUACAUCGUUCAGCACCAGACGGGUAACCACGACCUCAACUUGACGCUAGGGUCCAGAUCUGCGUCUCUGAAGCUUGUUGGGGGACUCUUACCCGGCUCGGAGGUGUGGAUAUGCUCGACUGAUACUCCACUUGGGGUGAGGAUAGAUGUUCAUUCGUCGAUGCAGAGGCUGAACUUCGAUGAGGCGACAUCUAUGGCUCGUGAUAUCUGUGCCAUGAUUGACGUUCUUUUAACGGGCUUGCAUCAAUAUCUUCAGACUAUUGAAGGUAUCACAUUUCUCAGCUAG